UUUCGUGCCGUGCACUUUGUGAAACGGAACGGAGAAUAUAUUUUUGUCGUGGCGCGAGCUCAAACGAGUGCGAGAGGGAGAGAGCGCGAGAGUGUGCGACAAAGAGGCAGCGAAAAUCUGUGCGUGUACGAGAAAUCGAUAACAGCAGCUGAAGUGACAGAAGAAGAAGACGUGAAGGCAGUGGAGUAAUCGAAAGCGCGUGUGUGUCGGUGUCGGCGAAUGGAUUUAGUUUAAUGGAAAAUCCAAAGGAAAAAUGCUACAGAGGAAAACUCUUGAAGUAACAACGCAAUUGCUUUGAGACCCCAUUGAAAGAGGCUGCUACGAGUAAGGAUUGAGGCAGACAGAAUUGGCAGGAAGAUGCACCUGCAAAACACGCACAACGCAGUGAAACCAGUGGAACCACACGUCGCUAUGGAGUCCACAACCCCAGCAUGCCCAGCAUCCCCAGCAUCCCGGGAUGUUCGGCAGUUCCAUGAUCUGAUAACGUGCCGACUUUGUCGCGGCUACAUGAUCGAACCAACCACAGUGGACUACUGCUAUCACACCUAUUGCCGGAGUUGCAUACUAAAGCACCUGCUGCGAGCGGUUUACUGUCCGGAUUGCAAAGCCAGCGGAGGCAAGGAAAUCAAUGAAUUGAAUCUGAAAUCGGAUGAUACGUUGCGAUCGCUGAUCUAUAAACUGGUGCCGGGACUCUAUCAAAGGGAGUGCAAGGAGCUGGCUGAUUUCAAGGAGCAGCACGAGGAUUUGAUGGAUGAACCGACGACUGAUGAGCAGGAGUUCUUCACCACCACGGAACUCAUAAGCUUGUCCCUGGAAUACCAUCCCGCCAUGCUGCAUCAGUGUGGUCCUGGCGAGGUGCCUCCCACCAUUUACCUGCAAUGUGCCGCCGGACUGCCUGUGGAGCUACUGAAAAGGUUCCUCUGCUCCAAGUACAACAUAGAGGCGGACAACAGUUUGGUGGAAGUGGAGGUCACCUACAAGGAUGAGGUACUGCCCUCCAAGUUCACGCUGAUGGACGUGGCCUACUGUUACAACUGGAGUCGGGAAUCGCCCAUGGCCUUCUGCUACCGGAUUCUGCUUUACGACAACGAGCAAGCAAAAAACGAUGAGAACAACCUAUCCAGGAUUAACCAGGACAUUGAACCAGAGCAUUCGGUACGUCGCCCCAAGUCGGCCAAAUCGGUGACCUUUGCCGAGGACCUGGAAUCGGAAAUGGACUCCGGCUCUCCGCGUUCCAAGGUACGGUGCAAGACUCCGCCAAAAGUUUCUCCCUCGUCGAAAAACAAACGAUUGACGACGAGCAAACGGGAAACGGAACCUGAAAGUCCGGUGAGCAACUUCAAAAGUCUGCGUAGCAACGACAUGCGGUACAGUGAUUACGCCGUGUCCAAAGUUAAAAGCGAGCCGGAACAGGAGCAGUUCCUUCUGCCAAGGGAACGGGAACAACAGCCUCUGGAGGCCAACACCAAUAUCGUGGUUAGCAUUCCACCCUCGCAACUCGGAAAAUCCUACGUAGAUGCCGAGAACUUCGAGCUGAAGACGGCAAAUCGAAAGGGAGUGGGCCAUUUGCCCAAAUUGAAGAUCGAGCUGAACAGCAUGAAGAGCAAGCUGAGUAUGCCAUUGUCGGCGGGUCCGCGACUGGAGGAUACCUCCUGCUCCUCACCUUCCUCAGCUCAGCAGCUCGACCUGGAGACCUAUGCCAAGAACAUUGGCCUGAAGCCCAUUGAGCAGCCUUUACCGCACAGUGCAUCCAAUCCCGAUAGCAAAUACAGUCCCAAUGCCUCGCCCAUGUCCUCGUGCUCCAGCUCGACCAAUGGAUCCAGCGGCAGUCUGGGCACCGCCGAUGCCUGUACAUCGACCAGCACGUCCAGUUCCCAUCGCAAGCGCAAGAAGAAGCACUCCAAGGAGCCGAAGGAUGCGAAUGGCAAGCGAAAGAAGUUGCACGCGGAGAUCAGCUCGCAAACCGAUGGCAAAAUGAAGGUGAAGAUUACGGCCAAACCCAAUCAUAAAUUGGACUUUAAGCGCUCCCAUUCGCUGGCCAGCGGAGAGUUGGACCUGCAGAAGCUGAAACUGGACAGUGGUAGCACUUCAGAGGCUCUGAAUCGCACACUCGGCGAGGAGGCGAGGAGUAUCAACAGCCUGGUGGUGGGUGGGGCACCCACACCACCGCCCACGCCCACCGCCGAACCAGAACAGCAGCAGCAGCAACAACAGCAGCAGCAACAACAGCAACAACAGCAGCAGCCACAGCAGCAGUUUGUGGUGCUGCCCAAAAUGAAAGAGCUAACCUUGCCCACAUCGCCACCGCUGCCGCCCAGUUUAUUCAAAGCGUAUACACCCAGCACAACGCCAACUGCGCCACUCACAGUGCCCGGAAAAUCGAAGCAACAGCAAAUGCCACAUCAACCUCAGACUGUACUACAGCAGAGCCUGGCUAAAACCAAUACCGCCAAACCGCCGCUGAGCAGCAACAACAAUCGCAAGCCGAACAGCGGACACUUUGCGGUGCCACAAGCUCCAACCCACCGGAACAUGUACCACAUGCAGCGCUACCAGUCCACACCCAGCUCCAUUGCCAGUGCGGCCAACAAGAUGCCAAAGCGAUCCUUGUCCCUGGACGAAUCGCAUCCGGCCAAGCAGGCGCGAUUGAGCCAGGCCCAGGCGAUGGCCAGCAGUUAUGCGGCCAAGCUGCACAUGCAGACGAGCAACCAGGCCAAAAGUCAGGCGGCCGCCUUUCUGCCCAAUCCCCAGAUGCGAUCCUAUGGCCUGCCCGAGCUGGGCGGCAAGCCAACGCUGCCACUGCUGUGUCCGGCCAACAGUUCGAGCCAAGUGACGAUUACGCCGCGGCCCAGAGCCACACCGUCGUCGGUUUAUGCCUUCUCGGAGCCAAAUAGCCAUGUGCCUGCGCUGGAAAUAGUGCGAUUGCCGGUGAGCAAGCAGAGCGCAGGAGGCAAGGGUCUAACGAUGCCACCACUCAGCCCGCCGGCAUCGUCCAGUGCCCGCCUGAUGGGACCACCAGCGGCUCUGCCCAAACAGGCUGGCGGACAUGGUGCGGCCAAGCGGAGCUGCCAAAUGCCGACAAUGCCAAUGCCGUUGCCGUUGCCGUUGCCACUGCCGCUGCCGCUGCCCAUGCCGAUGACCACGAUUCCGGCGAUUGUCAAGUCGCCGCCGCUGUCAGUUGCGCUCAGUGGCCAGAGGAACAGCAAGGGCAGCUCCUCGAACUCGAAUGCUUAUCGCACAUCACCGCCUGCAUUAAUAAAUCUGCGCAACACGGCCGCUCCACAGCCGCACUCGUUUCCAUCAAAGUCGAGCCCAAAGGUGGAAGCCAAUUCAAAGAAAUCCCCGCCAGCAGCUGGCUGCCAAGGCAAAACCAAUGGCACUGCCGCAUUGGACAAGUCCAAAACGAGUUUGCGCGAGUUUCGGCCAGCAGUGCAAGCGGCUCUAACAGCAACGGCCACAGCAACCACAUCGGCCACCAGUGCAGCGGGAGGAGCAGGAGCAGGAGCAGGAGCGGGAGCUGGAACAGCGUUAGCCAAGGAUGCCGAUAUACUUGAUUUAUCAGCUAACCCGGGCAGGAGCAACAAUGACGCCAAAUUGGCGCCCAACUCACCGCCCGCUGGCAACAACAAUAACAACAAUAAUAAUAAUAAUAAUAAUAACAACACGAAUAAUAAUAAUAACAAUAACAACAGCACAAGCAACAGCUUGGAGGCAGCCUUAAACAAAAUCAAACAGAAUAUAUCGGCGAACAGCAAUGGUGGACCAUCGACCACCACUGCUGGCGGUGGCAACCCGAAUGGCACUACCAACGGCGAUGAUCUGCAGAAUCUGCAUAUGCUCUCGGAAUCGGCAACGGCCAGGGAGAAGAUCUCCAUAAAGGCGGCCAGCGGUGGUAGCAGCAGUGCCAGCUCCAGUAGUACCGCCAAACCCAAGAAUGCCAAUGCGCUGGUGAGGCCACAGAAUGCCUCGGUCAGGAGCAUACCCAAUCCAUCGGCUUUGGCUUUCCGCAAUCAGCCAGCAGCGGCCAGCGCGGCAGCGAGCAUCAGCAAACCGUUGACGGUUCGUGCCGAUGAAAAGCUAAAGGUCUCCACCAGCAAUCCGGGAUCUCUAAGUCCCAACACCACGGGCUGCAGUGCCAGCAGCAGUGGCAGCAGCAGUGGCAGCAGCUCAACCGGCAGCUCUGGAUGCAGUGCAGCCACGUCGCCGCGGGCAAUGACCAAGAAACCCACGACCAUCGAUCAAGUGGCCGCCAAUUUGAAUAUUCGAGCCGAGGCCAAGGCCGCCGCUCUCGCCGAGGAGGCACCGCCCGUUCUCAGCUCCAAUGCGGCCAAAUCUCCGGAGUUGGCCAAAACGACCACAACGCUGGCGUCGCGGCCAGAGCCCAAGGAGACGCCCAUCACUGUGUCGGCGGCCAGCACACUGCUGACCAUCCCAGCCGCGGUCACCGGUGUGUCCGCAGUCCCGGAAUCCAUGGCCAAGCCACCCGUACAGAUUGCCAAUGCCCCGGUGGCGAGUUCCGCUUAGUCACAAGCGUUUCUUUGGCUGUGCGGAACGCAAAUGUAUCUUGUGGCGCCGCUGGAGAAUCUGCGAAAUACCGACAACAACUGAGGUGAUGAAAAACAACCGCCGUAUAAACAACUGCUGUAGCACAAGUUUUCCACAACCUCGCUCCCGAAGAAGAAGUGCAAUUUAAUCAACCACUAGCAUGGAUCGUAAGCCUUAGAACUAACCCGAACAACACUAAGCAAUAUCUACACAGCGGAAUGUAUCUGUUGGAUGCGAAAACCGCAUCAUUUGCAUACAUAUGCAAUCGAAUUAGUACGCGACUAAAUAAAUAAUCCAAGCAAAUUUCAAAAAUGCCAGCAACAAAAUUCAUUAAUAAAUAACCCAGCUGAGAGAAAGAGAGAGAAGCGAGGAGGAGAAUUGGAGAAUAAUAAUCAAAAGCGCUGGCGUUCGCUGGCAUUUUCGAAAGCAGGCAAAACAGCAACAACAAAAUUAAUUAUAAAAUAUCAACAGCAAAUAUGUGUUAAACCGCGAUAAGGUCACACGAACAGAAACACAAACACAAACACAUGCCUUUAAUAGAUAGAUCUUCGUUUGGCCUUUUGCUUUUUGGGGAAAGUGCAAACGAAGGAAAUAACGAUGAAGUAAAACGUACUAAUACUAAUAAAUAGCGAAAUUAUUUUCAAAUGCGCGAUAGUAAAACGGUUUUAGGGUAAAGCCAAGAAGAGGAAAAACCACAAACUGAUACGAAAACGGAAAUCGCAUCAGGAAUAUUUGAUUACACACACAGCACACUCAGUGCCGAAAGUGCUUGGCCCACACCCUUCGGAAAAACUGCCACGAAGUGUGAAAAUUCGGUGGUGGUAUUGGGCUAGCUGCUAGAUUUUUUUCGAAAGGAACACACUCGCGUAUAGCGAAAGAUACAGCCCGAUACCCGACCCGACCCGACCCGAUAUACUCGUACACACACUCACUCACGUUCCUCAGCGGGGCGAUAAAAUUUUAACGAUUUUGCGCCGCUUCGAGCGAGCGUGUCAGGCAUAAAGAUACAAAACAAUACUUGGGCAUAUACAAUAAACAAAAGCAAACAAAGCGGAAUAAUGAAAACAACAAACUCGCACUGCCACAGUGCGUAUAUUUCUAUACAUAUACCCAAAUAAUUAUAUAUAUGCAUACAUAUAUAUAUAUAUAUAUCUUGUAGAUACUCUGUCGCAUUAGUUGUUUAAGCGCGUUACGUUUAAUUGCAGCACGAAUUUUGUACAUAAAUUUAAAAAUCGAAGCCAGGCAAAAACAAAAAAGCACACAACACACAGCACCCAGCACUUGGAAAUGAAUUUUAAUUUUUUUAGAGCUUCGACCAAAUGAAAUAUUUAGUAAUAUAUACACAAACGCAAACACACACGCAUUAUGCAAAUAUUGAUAAACUUCUUCUUAUAUUUACGAUAUUCGUACACUCGAAAAAGGCUUUAGAUUUUCGUACAUUAAUUCUCCACUUGCUCUUAGCUGAUAUUUUUUGUUUUUUUGUUAUCUUGUAUAUGCUCUGUACAUAUUUUAAGCAAAGAAAGAAUUAUAAAGUUUAUAAGGGGAGCAAAGAAACCCUGAACUAUAUGAGUUAGAGGAAUAGCUGGAUUCCUAGACUAAGUACAUUGGUGGCAGAUCCACCCCAUUGUUUGUCCGUAUCUUUUUUGCAACCCCUGUCCGUCCGUUUGGCGGCAUCCCUCAUGAUCGGCGAGAAAUUAACAUAAUUUCCAGGCAAUCAAGCAAAUUGAAGGCCUCGGAUCGACACAACCCGACCUCCAGCUAUUCCCCAGUAACAACUUUGGCUCGACUCCUGAUUGUUGUAUAUUUAUUUAUUCCUAUUAUUGAAAUAUAUAUGUACACUAUAUAUGUAUAUCUAGUUGUAUAUGCGAGCACUUUGAACGAAAGGCUCGACUUAUUUAAGCGAAUAUUAUUGUACUGUUCGGACACCUUAACUAAAUAAACCUAUGAAUACUUAAAUAUAACGCGUAUAUAUGUUUAGACAUCUGAUUGUAUGCACAUCUGUAUGUAAUACUGUUAGAAAAACCCUCGAAAUGUAAUCCAAAAACCAAACAGACAAACACACACACACACACACACCCCUCACACACUAAGUUAAAUUAGCUGAUUUUCGAAAACAAUAAAAACAUGAAAAAUGGAACACAGUGUAUAACAAA